UGUGACUUUUAGAAUUGCCUGAUUUAGUUAACGAAGUUUAAUGCUCUUAAAGAUAAUUCGCUAUGGCCCCAAUCAGGAAGAAGAAAGAGAAGCAACAGCAACUCUCGAGGUGUAUGAAGAAGAAGAGUGUAGCGAAAGAGUGUUCCAGUCAGUCGACGAAUGUGAGGUUCAACAAGGACUUUGGCCAGCAUAUUCUGAAGAAUCCUCUGGUCGUUGCAGAUAUGGUGGAGAAAGCGGCACUGAGGCCUACAGAUGUGGUGUUAGAAAUUGGACCCGGUACUGGUAAUCUGACAAUGAAACUACUGGAGAAGUCCAAACAGGUCGUAGCGUGUGAAGUGGACCCCAGACUAGUGGCUGAACUGAGGAAGAGAGUACAGCCCACUGCCCAUAGUUCCAAACUGCAGAUCAUAGUUGGAGAUGUGAUCAAGGCGGAUUUGCCGUUCUUUGAUCUCUGUGUGGCUAACAUACCCUACCAAAUUUCGUCUCCGUUAAUCUUCAAAUUGCUCCUUCAUCGACCAUUGUUCAGAUGUGCAAUCAUCAUGUUCCAACGCGAGUUCGCCCUUCGUUUAGUGGCAAAGCCAGGAGAAAAACACUACUGCAGAUUAUCAGUCAACACCCAAAUACUAGCACGAGUAGACCACAUUAUGAAAAUCGGAAAGAACAAUUUCAAACCCCCGCCGAAAGUCGACUCAUCAGUGGUGCGAAUUGAACCCAUAAACCCCCCGCCUAAAAUUGACUACCAACAAUGGGACGGUUUAGUCAGAAUAUGCUUCAGCAGAAAACUGAAAAUGUUACGAGCGAUUUUUAAGAACAACAAAAUUUCGGAUCUAUUGGAGAAAAAUUACAAAACGUUUUGUGCAACGAAAAACCAAACAGUACCUGAAGACUUGAAUUUCAAACAGUUUGUGGAAGGAAUUUUGGUUGAUGUCAAAUUGGCUGAUAAAAGAGCAAGGACUUUAGAUUUGGAUGAUUUCUUGAAUUUAUUGUUGGCAUUUAACUCGAAGGGGAUUUAUUUUGCCUAAAAGAUGAUUAAAAUUUAUUGCCUUGAAUUACAAAUUACCAAAAAUUGGUCGAAUAAAGGAUGAGAUCAAUAUUUUUUGUGU